UUUAUCUAAAAUAAAGAAGUAGAAGCCAUGGCUGCGCAACUCCGUCUUCCUUCCAAGUUGCCACUUACUCCUUCACUCCGCCACUUGACCUUCUCUUUCUCCCUCUGUACGGACUCAUCAAAAAGCAACGACCUUUUCCUAGAACAACGCAAUGAACAAGUUCAAAAACUCGAAAUUCUCCUCCAACAGAACCGCACUGAAACCGCUCAAAAUCUCCUCAAAUCCCUCCUCCUCUCAAAAGAUUCUCCCUUGUCUUCGCCCACUGAACUCUUCUCUCUUUUCUCUAUAUCUUCGCCCUCCUUAAAACCCAUUUUCUCCAAUAUGUUGUUGUCUGUUUUAUCUUCCGCUAAAAUGCCGGUUGAAGCUACACAACUUUACUAUAGUAUUCGAGAAGAUGGUAUUUUCCCUUCUUUGGCUUCUCUCAGCGUUUUGCUUGAAUGUUUGGUGAACUGUAAUCAAUUUGAUAAGACUCUUGAAUUGUUUGAGGAGAUUGUAGUGUCGGGUUUGCGACCCGAUAGGUUUACUUAUGGUAAAGCUGUUCAAGCCGCGGUGAAACUGGGUGAUGUGGAUAGGGGUUUUGAGAUUGUUAAGUCUAUGAAGAGGAGAGGAGUGAGUCCUAAUGUGUUUGUUUAUAACGUUUUGAUUAGUGGGUUGUGUAAAGAGAAGAAAAUGCGGGAGGCGGAGAAGGUGUUUGAUGAAAUGUGUAGCAGAAAAUUGGUGGCUACAAGGGUUACAUAUAAUACGCUGCUCGAUGGGUAUUGCAAAGUUGGGGAGUUGGAGAAGGCUUUUGAAUUGAGAGAAAGGAUGAAGAUUGAAAACGUGGAGCCGAAUUUGGUUACUUACAAUUCUUUACUUAGUGGCCUCUGCAGGGCAAAGAAGAUGGAAGAGGCGAAAAAGAUUUUCAAGGAAAUGAAAGAUAAUGGCUUUGUGCCUGAUGGGUAUAGUUUUAGUAUCCUUUUUGAUGGGUUUUCAAGGUGUUGUGAUGGGGAGGGUGUAAUGGCUUUGUACGAAGAAGCCUGUGGGACAGGUGUUACGAUUAAUAGUUAUACUUGCAGCAUUUUGUUGAAUGCACUAUGUAAAGAUGGGAAGAUUGAAAAGGCAGAGGAACUUUUGGAGAAGGAAAUGGAAAAUGGGCUUGUUCCAAAUGAGGUUAUUUUUAACACAAUUUUGAAUGGGUAUUGCCGAAGGGGUGACAUGAACAGAGCUAUUUUGACUUUUCAACGGAUGGAAAAAUAUGGGUUGAAACCAAAUUGUGUUACUUUCAAUUCUUUGAUUGACAAGUUUUGUGAAAUGAAAGAGGUGGAUAUGGUAGAGAAAUGGGUGAAGAAAAUGGUGGACAAUGGUGUUUCUCCAAAUUUGGAGACACAUAACACCCUGAUUAAUGGCUAUGGACGGAUGGGCCUUUUUGAUAAGUGCUUCCAGAUUUUUGAAGAGAUGGAAAAUCAAGGGUUAAAGCCAAAUGUUGUAAGCUAUGGUUCUCUCAUAAAUUGCAUGUGCAAGGAUGGGAAGCUUCUCGAAGCUGAAAUAGUCCUCAGGGAUAUGGAAGGCAGAGGGAUUUUUCCUAAUGCUCAAAUAUAUAAUAUGCUCAUUGAUGGUAGCUGCACAGUGGGGAGGAUUAAAGAUGCUUUUAGGUUUCUUGAUGAGAUGGUGAAAAGUAAAGUGGGUCCAACACUUGUAACUUAUAAUGCCCUAAUUAAUGGCCUUUGCAAAAAGGGAAGCUUAAUGGAAGCUGAAGACUUGCUUCUCCAAAUAACUGAAAGUGGUCUUAGUCCAGAUGUGAUUACAUAUAACUCACUGAUCUCAGGGUAUUCUAAUACAGGAAAUGCUCAGAAAUGUCUUGAACUAUAUGAAAAUAUGAAGAAGUUGGGCAUUGAACCUACUCUAAAGACUUAUCAUCCUCUUGUUAGUGGAUGUAGCAAAGAGGGAAUUGUAGCUGUAGAGAAACUUUUAAGCGAAAUGUUACAGUCUAAUUUGGCUCUCGAUCUACCUGUCUAUAAUGCACUCAUUCACUGUUAUGCACAGCAUCAGGAUCUUCAAAAGGCAUUGGCAUUGCAUAGUAGAAUGGUGGACCAAGGAAUUCGUCCUGACAAGGUGACUUAUAAUAGCUUGAUUUUUGGGUUCUUAAGAGAGGGAAAAGUAUCCAAAGCAAAAGAUCUUGUCAAUCACAUGAAGGCUGAAGGAUUGAUCCCUAAAGCUGACACAUACACUAUACUGAUUAAGGGAUAUUGCGAACUUAAGGAUUUUGAUGGAGCAUACAUUUGGUACAGAGAGAUGCUUGAGAAUGGUUUCCUCCCCAGUCUCGGUAUAUGUAAUGAACUUACUACUGGUCUUAAACGGGAUGGGAGGUUGGAACAGGUCCAGAUUAUAUGUUCUGAAGUGAUUGCUAAAGGAAUGGAUCCUUUCGCUGCUGCCAAAAUGUAGAGUGAUACUUGGUGUGAUUUACUACUCAUGACAGUGAUUUAUUUAGCUCUCGAGGAAAAUGGGAAAUGCGUCUGUGCAUAAGGCACUGUGAUUACUUGGCACUUCUUGCUGCUUAUGCCUAACCUGGGCCUGACUUUCUCUGGUGCACUAUCUCUCUUGUUCUCAAUCCAGAAUUUGUUCUGUUUCAGACUUUGUUGAAAAUUUGGUCUGAACAUUCUUGCGUAAUUCACAGUUAAGUAUUUUGUGUUUCCAGAAUCACCUGAAUUGUUUAUAUGGUCGAACAAACCUGAAUCAAUGUUAUAGUCAUCAGCAAUUCGUUCUUUUCUCUUUCAGGUUUGCAUGGUAAAUAUGUACUGCAUCAGUCAGUGUAUUGAGGGCAAAGUGGGUCCAAUCUUAUGGAUCUAUCAUGUCCAAACCUUGCUGUAUUUAUCCAAUUUUUGAUAUAUUUUCAUGUUUUAUUGAUGUUUAUGUUUAUCUCUUGUGAUUCACUAGCUAAUCCAAUCUCAGCUGAUGAAAUUGUGUAAAAAGCUGUCGUCCUGUUCAAUUGUGUAGGUUGAAAGUGCUUGACAUGCUGCUGCAAAUGGAAAUAUUAAUUUAUUUUAUUUAGCAUAUAGAGAAUGAACUAGAAUGAGUCAUUAUAUAUUAUUAGACUUUAUGAAUGAUAGUUGUUGAUUCACUGUGACAGUCAACAAACACCACUUGGGCCUUGCCUCUAGAUGAGCCUGGCAAAAAUGAAUCCUUUAUGAGGCAAUUAAUUUGGUAGGAGAUGCACUACUGUAUCUGCUGAAGAAGCUUGCCAAGUCUCUCAAUGUUAUUGUCUUGAAGUAUAUAAAAGUUUAGAUUUGGGAAGAUUGGGGAUCAACGUUUGGGAAUUGUACUGUUACAUUGAAGCUUUGUAUCAGGGUGGCGUAGAAUUGUUGGAACUCUCUUGGUGGAGAGUCAAAGAAGUUGAUUUCUAGAUGUAAUUCUCAAUUUAGUCAUCAAUAAAAUUAAUUAUUUUUCAGGGUAUAAUUCUCAAUUUAGUCAUUAAUAAAAUUAAUUAUUUCUCAGGGUACAAUCAAUUGAUAUAAGAAUUCGGAUCUGCCCACAUUUUGUGCACCUGUGGUGGUGCCAAUUUCGAAUUCUAUGAUGGAAAAAUAUCAAAUAUUUCAACACUGGUGUAGUGAUUAUAGAAUUGGUUAUUAGAUUCAAGAUUUUACUUGUUUAAUGUUAUUGGUUCGGCUUGGUUUUUAAAAUGAAUUUAAAGAGAAUCAUACUUUAAAAAUUCUAUAUUAUAAGUUUAUAUUUUCCACCUUUACGGUGUAGGCUAUAGGGGAAAGAAACCUGAAAGAUGUGCUGGUUUGGUAUUUUCUUUUGUUAUUUUUUUAUGUUUUUAGAAAAUAAUUUUUUUACCUUUUCAAUGUGAUGGCUUAUAUUAAUUGAAUUGACAGACGAAUGAAAAAAUAAACUUUUUAAAUUUAAAAAGUGGUAUCUUUGAGGCAUCUGAUAAAAUUGAAACAAUACAGAGAAGAUUAGGAAUAACCCGUGUAAGGAUAACAUACACAAAUGGUCGCGGAAUUUUUAUACAAGCAACAAAUUAAAAAAAUAGAAUUUAACCGGUGGGAAAGAUAACUCAGCAAAAUUCGGGGGGACAAUAGGUAGUGAGCCAUAAAUUCUUUAUUUGUUUGCUUUGCCUUUCGGGACAGAUAAUAAAGACCUCAGGUGAUUACAUCGAUGAUCAAGCGCAUUCGCUUCAGCUCUCCUCUUAUAUUCACAUAUUAAGUCUCAGCUCAAAACAGUACCGAACGCUAUUUUUAAUUCUUCUAAUCUCCCUCAGAAUUGUAAUGACAAGCAACGAUGAUAAGGACUCUUUAACAUCAGUAGAUAAUUCAUUUGGAAAUCUUCCUGAUCAUAUCCUGAUAGAAAUUUUUAUACGAGUUCCUGUGUUUGAGUGGGCACAAAUAUCUUGUGUUAAAAAGCAUUGGGCCAGUCUGUUUCGUGGAGAAUGCUUGUGGCAAGCUGCUCUAGUUAGGGCUUUUCCUUUGGCUGGCCAAGCGAAGAGGUGGCCUGGACCAAUUCCUCGAGGAUUGAGCAGGAGGAGAUACAUAGCUUUGCAUGUUGCUAAACACAUUUUUUCGUUGGAUGGUGAGAUAGACGAGAUUGUGGGCCACUCUUACCUGUUUUUGAAAGAACAACUUGAACUCUCAACUAUGGCAUCUCCAUCUGGAGUACUUCAUGGAACAAUAAUUGAUCAGUUUAUUGCCUGUGGAAAAUCAAGAGACAUGGCACAUGAGCUUGCUUCGCGGAUCUGGCUGGCUGUUCUUGACAAUUUGGAGGAAAAUGAGCAAACAUUUUGUGUACUCAAACGACUUGCGCUAGAGGGAGAUCUUUUUCUUCCAUACCCGUAUUCACAAUCAAAAAAAGUGCAAUGGAGAGUUUUUGAUAAGCUCUUGACAGAUUUUCGCGACUGCUUCAGUGAUGCGGAUUACUAUGAUGUGCUGGCAUGUGCUAAGAACAAGUUUCAGCCAAUUCCAUCUACAUGGUUAGGUUACUAGUGCUUCUCAAAGCUGGUACAUCAACCAUGCAAGUAUUUGUAUGUACGAAUAUAGCCAUUGCACUGGUCCUGGUAAGGUUAUAUCAUCAGCUGAAUGCCUCUGUAUUCUUGAAAAAGGUAAUGUAUAUGUGUGCUGUUAAUCAGCAGUAUCUCCAGGGAAGUUCCUGAAAAAUUUGGCGGAACAUGUAUAAAUUUGCGAAAUGUGUUUAAAUUUCCAGAAAAUAUAUCUUUCUGACCUUCUGUUCAUGCAUGUAGAAUAAAAAAUUCUUGGACUUGUUUAUAGAGAUUGUAAAAAUAUGUAUGGUUUGAUGAAUAAGUUUGUCAUUUAUGUUA